GCAGUCUAGCUAGGUAGCCAUUGUUGUGCAACCUAGCUAGCAAUUACAAGUUUAACUAGCUAAGGUUAGCUGACUGUGUAUUUUUAAAACAACGCACCAAAUUGGGUUGUAAUCACGACUUCGCACCGCUUUUUUGAUUAAUCGGUUUGGUACUUACAGUUAGCUAACUAGGUAGAAUUUCGAACCCCCCGUGUGGAUUUGACGUCGGCAGUGCUUCAUGUUUUUCAGCCAAGAGACUCGGAGCUGUUUGUUAUCAGCGUAAGGUUAACGUUAGAAGAUGGGGGACGUUUAUGACCCAGAACACCCGAAAGAGUGAGUAUUUGGCCUGUUUUAUUUUCGGUAUGUUUUUGUUGUUGAUUGAUUGGGCUUGCCAUAAUAAACACAACUUCCUAAGUGUUAUUAGUUGCUAGCUAGCUACCAGCUAACGUUAGCUUAACUGUUUCCAUGCACAUUACCUGUUAGCUAGCUACGCUAGUUAGCUUUCCAGUCUAGUGUCCUACACAAACUAGUGUUGGAGCUAUGUGGCCACAAAGGUACUAUGUUUCAUGAUAAAUAGAUAGAUAACUAUGGUAAAGUGGCAUGUUGUAUUUAGUUAAUGCGAAAUGAUCUCAACCCUCCGAUGUACACCGGCAGUUAGCCUUCAAUUUAGUUAACACUACCAGAUCUUUGACACAACCAAGUAGCCACCAAUGUUUCCAGCUAACUAGCUACAUCAUUGUUUUAACGUCACCAAACUAACGUUGCUGGAUGUAUUUAAUUAGGACAAUGAAUUGGUUGCAAGCUAGCUAAUUAGCUAGAUGUUGUGCACAUUACUUUUGUGAACGGUCAACUAGCUUUCAAACACAAACAGUACUCAGUUAUUAAUUAGGUUGUGCUAACUUAGAGAUUUAGUUAGCUAACGUUAGCCAAUUCGGUUACCCUCCCACCAUAACAGGCCUCAUUUGCAGGCCUCGACUCCUCGUUGUAAAAUGUUAGACCCGGUCUUAUGGAGUAGAAUUAUAGAAACUCCAUGCCAGCCAGCUAAGUGUAUGCAUUUGUUUUGUUGAUAUUUCACGUUAACCAGUUAACAGAAGAGGCCAUUGGAUCUGUUAUUGAGCUCAUCUGUGUAACGUUUCAUAUUAAACUAAUAGGUUAGCAAGCUGUGUGAUGAGAAGAUUGUCAUGUUGCCUUGUCUUCUCGCUGUUGGUGUAGCUAGCCAACCUAGAUAACCUUGAUGUAUAUGUGAUUAGUGGAAGCGUCAAAUCAUUUCAGAAUAAUGUUUUUGCAUUGUGUUCUUUUAUCUACUGUGUUGUUAACGUUUAUAUCGCAAGACAGCUACUCGGCUCCUCUAUCAUGAGCUAAUCGCUUGCUUUCAAUCCACACAUACUAUGAAUGUCAAUGCAAGCAAUGGCUUCCUCUUUCUGCCUAAUUGAAACGAUAAAUAAUGCCGCUCAACAGACAUGUCGUUUUUGGCCAACAGUCAGAAGAAACGGGUCAAUGUGAUACAUACUUAGGUUUGUUAUUUAAUGGCAUUUAGUAAGCGUUGUAGUUAGAACCACCAUGUAAACAUUUGGUGGAUUUAGGCAUAUACAUUUGACAUAGAAGAAUGGUUCCUAUCUUACUACUGUUGUAAGUGGUGUGGCAUGCUGCUGGGCCCUUCAGGCAGAAAAUGAUAAUCUGCAGAGAUGACAUGCACAGUUGAUUCAUAGGCUAUAGCUACUGACUGUAGUUUGUGUUCAACGUUUAAGCUGAUGUGUUCAUUUGCACAGAAAACAGUCAUGCACAUUUUUCUAGUCAAAGCUUUGUUACAAGCAACCUCCAGAGUUGCACAUGUGGUGUUCAUAAGGUAAACAAAUGCAGCCAGAUGUUCUUUGAUUUGAACCUAAGGUUUUGAUGAUAACAGAGAUGGUAGCAGCUCAACCCCUAUUGUCUAUCCAAUUUGAGUUGGGGAUAAGAUUAAAUGACUAUUGUAUGUUUAUUGUUGGUGUGUAACCCAAUAUAUUUGUUUUAAUAUUUUUGUUAGGUGUGACAUCACAUUGGAGAGCUCACCGCUCUGAACUGGUUUAUUCUUGGCCAGCAGCUUCUACUGGGCUACAAACGCCAGAACCGCAGUGCAAUGGAUGCUCUGGUGAACUCAGAGAUCAGGUACUACCAAUACACACACAGUGUCAGAGUGGCGCUAUAGACUGUCUGUAAUCGAUGCCCUUUGCUAGCUAACUGAAGUGACACUAGGGCCUAGGACAGUGUUUCUCAACUCCAGUCCUUGAGGACCACCAACUGUACACAUGUUUGUUGCAGCCCCGGACAAACACACCUGAUUCAACUAAUCAUCAAGCCCUCAAUGAGUUGAAUUAGGUGCCUUUGUCAGGGGCUACAACAAACAUGUGUGCUGUUGGGGGUAAUCAAGGACUGGUGUUGGGAUACACUGAUUUACAUUUUAGUCAUUUAGCAGACGCUCUUAUCCAGAGCGACUUACAGUUAGUGAAUACAUAUAUUUUUUUUAUUUUUUUAUACUGCCCCCCCCCUGGGAAACGAACCCACAACCCUGGCGUUGCAAACGCCAUGCUCUAUCAACUGAGCUACAUCCCUGCCGGCCAUUCCCUCCCCUACCCUGGACGACGCUGGGCCAAUAGUGCGCCGCCCAUGAGUCUCCCGGUCGCGGCCGGCUGCGACAGAGCCUGGAUUCGAACCAGGAUCUCUAGUGGCACAGUUAGCACUGCGAUGCAGUGCCUUAGACCACUGCGCCACUCAGGAGAUUGUCACCCUCAAUGGUGGGCAUUAGAAUGUAUGUAUGCAUGCAAAGUAGACUACACUCCUAAACAACUUAAUUUGGAACUAAAAUGACACCCACCUCCCCUCCUAUUGGUCAUUUGGUUUGUUGGGUCCAUCAUCACUGGGUCAGGGACCUGUCCUGUAUCCAAUUAAUCCAAUGACAUCAUUCAUUGUGUGUUGAAUUCUGGAAUGUUGAUCCAGGUUGCAGUGGAAUUCUAAUCCCAGUGCUCCAGUUUUAAAGGAGUAUCAGUGCUGUUUUAGGGAAAGGGUUCUGUUUGAAAAGCACCUUCCUAGUGUAGGUUGAUAUAGUUGUUUACUGUAUACUUCGACCUCAUUCUGUCAGUGGUUUGUGUCCAUAACUUUCUUUUUUGAGAAAAGUUGCUGAAUUUCAUUACCCAAUGUGAGCAAGGUCAAAGCAGUCGUAAUUGGACCCAAAUAAGUGGCUGCGGAUCCGACUUUCCGGGACCCCUCUUCCCGGGGGAUAAUCUCUCUGCAUAGAAUGGGAGGUUGCAUCAGGUAUCAGCUAGUAUGUGAAGUGCUCCCGUCCUAUAGAUGUUAGUGUAUACUCGAGCUUCAGCCUCUGUCUGCCAAGUUUAUUUGCUCAUCCAACCUGGUGUGGACUCAGAAGUCUUGGUCACCAUGGCAGCAGUCACCCUCACAGAAUAUUAACAGACAAAAGGUGCACAACCUGAAUGCAAAGAUUCCAUGACUCGUUAUCCUUUGUUCUUGAGAGACAAUGACGGACAGGGUUCACUUGAUGCCGAUGCGUUAAAGGAUGCUUUUGUCUAGUUCUGAGCGAUUAGUGCUUUUUGAGGUAAAAAAUAAUCGAACCGACCUCAUUAAAUGCAUUAUGAAAUAAUGACAAAUUAUUUUAGUGCUUUUUAAUGGAAAUUCCAUUGGAAUUGUGAAUAUUCAAUUGCCAAAACAUUGAAAAUAUUCCAUUGUCUCUGUCAGGUCCACAUUGGGUAGACAUCAGAAGAAAAAUAGGAAAUUACUAUGAAAUAAUACAAUAUUUCAGUUGUGUAUAUUACUUAGUUUUUAUUUGAUUACUUUAUUCUUUUCAUUCCUUAGUCAUCACCUCAUUUCUGCUCAGGCAGUAGCAGCCAGCCAGCCAGACCAUCUAACGUUAUCUCUGUGCUCCCAAUACUGUACUGUCUUUAGUCAUCUUAUUUAGCUAGCCUGCCUAAGUAUGCUGCAGAGCUCUCUGACAAUCCUUCUACUAGUUCUUCAAAGUAGAUAUGGCAAACUUUCACCAACAGUCUCUAUCCCUCUCGUCAUUGUGUACAUUCCGCUGUCAUGCGGUCUGUGUAUAUCUUAUUUUGUUGUUGUUGUACUUUUACCCCUUUUUCUCCCCAAUUUUGUGAUAUCCAAUUGGUAGUUAGUCUUUUCCCAUCGCUGCAACUCCCCUACGGACUCGGGUCCUCCAAAACUUGACCCCGCCAAGCCGCACUGCUUCUUGACACACUGCUCGCUUAACCCGGAAGCCAGCCGCACCAAUGUGUCGGAGGAAACACCGUCCAGUUGGCGACCGAAGUCAGCUUGCAGGCGCCCUGCCCGCCACAAGGAGUCGCUAGAGCGCGAUGGGACAAUGAAAUCCCGGCCAGCCAAACCCUCCCCUAACCCAGACGAUGCUGGGCCAAUUGUGCGCCACCUCAUGCGUCUCCCGGUCGGCUGUGACACAACCUGGGAUCGAACCCGGGGCUGUAGUGACGCCUCAAGCACUGCGAUGCAGUGCAUUAGACCGCUGCGCCGGUCUGUGUAUAUCUAAUGUAGCAGGCGUUAAAGUGUCUCUGUCCGAGCCGGAAAGAACAGGCGCAAUAGAUUAUGGUCAUUGUAGUUAAUUACCACGUUUCUGCGCUUAACUAGGUGGAAUAUUUGCUUAAUGAAAACUACAUCUCCCUUCAACCCAGCGUCCCACAUAGUUCUUGACUUGAUUUCUAUCAUGAAUGAUUUUGAUUUCUCUCUAGAGGAACGGCGUGCUGGUCUCACAAAAAUACUACUAAAUUGUAUUCAAGUAAUUGAACCGACGUCGGUCAAUUAGUUGUUUUAAUAACCAAAAAAAAUGAAAUUUUGGUUUAUCGUCUCAGCACUACUUUUGUCAGAUAGCUUAUUUCUCAAGUAACAUUAUUCUGGCACCCUUAGACAUUGUCUACCUCAACGUUUUUGUAAUACUAUUCAAACCUUUUUCUAUUUGUAAGUACAGCUAAUUCAAUAUGUUUAUAAUGAUGUAUUGCAGAUAGGCCUAUUUCAGGAGGAUGAGCAGGGUUUGUGAUUGGUGUAGCCUAAAUUGAAAUGAAUGAAACCACAAUCCUGUUUUAUCCUUUGUUAAAAUGACAGGAAGUGACACUUCAGUGGACAUGAAAAGGCUCCUCCCAUGUCUGUAACGGUCAUUUUAGAAUGGUCUGUCUUUGUCAAAGAGAAAAAGAGAACAUCAAAUCCUAAAGGAAUACAUUACCCAGUUGUUGCAUAGCAACCUUAUUGUACCCUAAAGAAAACAACUACAAUAUUGAGUCCUCUUAGUAGAACAAAAGAGUUGAUUGCGUUCUCAUAAAUGUGAAUUAGGCCUUUUUUUACAGUAGGAUGACAUGUAGUUUCUAUGAUGAGACCCCUGUUCUAAACAUUUCAUGUUUGACCAACCGCCAGGCUAUCCCUCAAUCGGCCGUGAUUCUACAUCUUUGCAUGAAAUUGUUUUUAUUUGUAUGUUUUACCGUUACCUUAUUGGACAUCGAUAUACAUUACAUUUCAUAAUACAUUUUGUGUGAUUGCUAAAGCGUUAAAGUGAUUUGCAGAUGUUUGUUAGAUUAAUUUGUAUUUUAAUGACAAUGUUGCUGCAAGUCUAUGAAUAGUUUUCAUUGAUUUGUUUUUGUUUCCCCCCCCCCAUGCACUCCUUACGUUACCUCAGGGAAGAGGGAGGAGAUACCUCAGUAAGUCUUUAUUACACGUUUGUUAAAAGUGUGAUGAAUACAUCUUUGUUUAUCUGUUUUGUAUUACACAAAUAGCUGGUGUAGUUGUUGUGCAUCUUUUGAGUUUGAUCAUUGCAAUGACACGUACCAUAGAAAUUACAUUUGGGAAACUGAAUGAUAGGUCACAUGAUUUGGUUUACAGUAAUAGUUUCUCCUCAAAUUAUAGCCAUGGUAACGUCUACUUAUUUUGUUCCCUGUACAGGUCAAGGUUGAGGGCCUCACCAAGGCAGCUAUACUCAAAGGCCUCUCUCCUCGAGUGAUGUUGUCCAGCCAUCUCCUGCCUAAAGGAACCAAGAGGAAGGUGAACCUGGAUGACCAGGGUCGCCAGAAAGUGUCCUUCAGCUUCUCUCUCACAAAGAAACCUCUGCAGAACUUAUUCCUGGCCCCUCCCAGUCAGGAAAAAUCUCUUGCUGAACUUCCCUCUGUCCUGUCACCUACAACCUCACUCUCUCAGGACAGAGCAGGGCAGCAUACGGAAAGUAAAAAUGAGCAAAUGCAGCCACCCUUGUCGGUGCCCACACCAGUAGCAGAGACCCUUGCGCCUCAGACGGCGGUCUCCUCAGUCCCCAAACCUAAAGUGGACUUGGGAAAGAUGCACUUCAAGAAACAGAUUCUCAGUGUAUCUGUUAUUGAAGAGAGUCCCAUAACCAGCGUUGUCUUACAGGAUCCACCCCCUUCCGAGCAACAGGUUUUAAUGAAAUCUUCAGGUGAAAUUGAAACGGUCACCUCAACACGACCAUCCCAGUCUCAGAACAGUGUUCAGAACAUGGGCAGUGAGUGCCCCUCUGAGAAUGCACUCACUCAUGUAUCUGAUGUGAAGCCGGACCUCAGUCUCAAGGAGCUGACUGAUUCCUCCCACGUAGGGAAAGUGGAUGUAAACGGUUCCAGUGUAACGGAGCAGCAAGACGCCUCAGAAAACAUACCAAUCCGGUCCCGGUCAGACGGCACACUCCCUGGCUCAGAAUCUGAUGCUGAUUCAGUGCAGACGUCUUCCAGCCACAAAUCGGGUGAACCCAAGGCCACAGCAAAGUCGGAGAGUAGAAGUAAGGAUGCAAAAAGGAUAUCCUCUUCUCGCUCCAAAUUAGAGGAAACAGAAAAAAGUUCUCACCAUACACGUUCUGAGAAGGACGAAAGGACCUGUAGUUACUCAAAGUUUAACCGAGAAUCCAAAUCUGACAGAGAAUCCAAGUCUGACCGAGAAUUAAGGUCAACCGCUGACCGAGAAUCCAAGUCUGACCGAGAAUCAAAGCACACACCCUCGCGGUCCUCCCGCUCUGACAAAGACCGCAAAAGGACUACGAGUCGGUCAAGGUCCAGAUCAAGAGGCCCCCGGACGAGUUCUAGACCUGAGACACGUUCCAGAUCUGAGAGAUCUAGAAGCGAGAGAGGGUCAGGAUCACGGUCUGAUCGGUCAUAUCAUGACUCUGAGCGGAGGUCAGGAGGUCACAGAAAUUCUCCAUACAGAGAGAGGAGAGGCAGCUCUCGCUCUCAGACUGAUAGCAGCAGAGUCCGCGGCGACAGUUCUGACUCUGAAGAUGACCACAGAAGAACUCGGACUAGAACAAGUGAUUCCAGCAGGUCGUCCACCCAUUCUAGCUUGCAGAGAGAUUCAAAGUCAUCCUCAUCUCGCUCAAAAUCUGAACGAGACUCGAAAUCUGAACGAGACUCGAAAUAUAUAGAUUCCCCUCACUCUUCAGAGAUAGAUAAAAGAACACAAUCUUCUAAGUCUGAGAGGGCCUCAAAGAGAACUGUUGACUCCGAUUCUCUCCAAAAGUGCUCUCCUGAAGGAGAACCUAAUCACAGGAAAUCCAACACCCACUACAAGCCGGACAUCAGUGUUCGAUCCACUCAUUCCAGUCCACAUGCCCUCUCUCAAACAUCGGACAAAAGUCUCCAGAAAAGCAGCUCUAGUGAAUUUGAGGUAGCUCACAAAGGGAAGUGUCAGUCACAGGGCUCUGAUCGCUCUUCUGGCUCUGAAGGGGCAUGGACAUCUUCCAACAGUAAAUCAGACUCUAAGCAAAUGUCCGCCUCCAAGUCAUCAUUGAAAUCUAAUAGACAAUCAAACGACACAUUUCACAGUCCAAAUAAUAUACAAACCCAUGAAACCCCUUCUGGUGCUCACUCUCAGAGCAAAAAUGACAAAGGUGGAGCAGAUUCCCAGCUAGCAGAUACUUGCCAAAGGGAGGACGUUGGCAACAUGGAUGACAUCACAUCCCAAGAUAAAGACUUACAAAAACCAACUCUGUCGUUACCUUCAAAUUGUGAUCCAACUCACAGAUUGCGAGAACCAGCGUUGGAUCUAGUUAAUGAGAAUAUUAAUCAUUGCAUUGAGGUUCAGAAUGUCUCGGCAGCAACUUUACCGAACACCUCUAGUGGAGACCAAUUAUGUGAAACAUUUGCCGUAGGGGACAUUGACAAUGUUAAUAAAAGCAUUUGCUCUGAACAAAAAGAAGAUGCACAGCGUGUAGACCCCCAAAUGGGAUCCACCGAGAAGCCGGAUGAUGUAGCCAACUCUAGCUUUUCCUGCAGUAAUGACCGAGUAAUACCCAGCCUGGAUAAGACUGUUUUUCAAGGUUCAGUUGGGUCAAAGUCAUCACCAUCUACAGUAGACGUAUCUGUCAGAGACCACCCUAAGGAGAACACUAAACCAGAAAAUACUGUCUAUUCUAGUAGAAAUGUGAAUAUCAAGAUGCAGUCUUGCACAAGCGUCCCUCUCAAAUCUGAACCCUCUAGUCCUGAACCUCAACAAUUUCCCAACAAGACUGAACAACAGAACUCUAGUUUGAGGAAAAACAGAGGUAAAACAAAAAGAUCGCGUUGGGAUAUUGUUGGACAAGACACCUCAGACAGUGAUAAUCCUCAGAAAUGGCCUUCCCAAGAAAGUAAACCUGCUGUGAAAAAGGUAAUCUCCGUCAAGAGAAUUGAGUUUUCUAAAGACGUCAGCCAGGAAGAUCCAUCUCUGAUAAAGGGUCAACUGAAAUGGGAAGCCGAGUUGCAUUCCAAAACGAUUAAGCAAGAAAUUGUCAUCGCACAAGAACACAGCUCAGUACCAAUAUCUCUUAGGAAAGACCAGUCGGAGUCCGCAAACCCAACUGCACAACCAGGCACCUGUGGAACCAGCAAUGACCAUUCAGACAUCAAACCCCACAUCAGCCAAAUGGAUGGAGAUCCCUCACUUUUAAAUAAUACCUCACAUGUAGACAACGCUAGAAGGGAGCAGGGUAGGAAUGGCGACGGCAAUGAAGGGAAAUCUAAAGAUGGCGCUCACAAGAGCAAACUGGUGAAGAGACCAGUGUCGAGCCAGGACGGUGUAGGCCAAAGCGAGGACAGUGACUCCGACGAUUCAGAGUCGGACUCUGACUGCGGUGCUGCUGUGAAACGGAUGCAGUCUGUGGUGGUUGUGCCAAAGAAUUCCACCCUAACUCACUCGGACACAACAGACAAGCCUGUGUCUCCCUGCACUCCAAGCACUAGCCCAGGACGUCAACAACACGCUAACGGGGCUAGUGGCCAAGAGGGUGACCUGGACAGGAAGGAGAUCACAAGCAGAGUCAGCCCACAGCAGAGACAUCGAGGCUUUCCCACCAUGUGUGAGAGCACUAGGCAGGCCAGUAAUGCUUGUGUUGAUGGAAGUCUCUCUUUACAUGACAGCAUGGUUUAUCAAUCACAGAGCAAUAUGGUAGAUAGCACCAGCCAGCUCGAGGGCUCCAAUGCCACCGAUGCCCAGCCUUAUAAGGAUCCUUAUAGCAGUGCCCAUGAGAGACCAAAGAUUGGUGCAGCAACGGUGAGCCAGGUUGCUGCCCACAGCCUUGAGACCUCCUUCAGGCAGUCUGAGACAGGGCAUCCACAGCAUUAUGAGAGUGGCAGGGGUGGUGGGAUGCUGUCCCGUUACCAACAUGGAGACUUUGCUAGCUCUGAUGACUUCAACAGCAGUCUGGGCUGGGACUUCACACAGCCGGAGCAGCCCAGCAGUACGUACCAGCAGCCUGACAGCAGCCACGGGGCAUCACAACAGCAUCCCAACACUCAACAGCCAGGGAACUCUUCUUUAGGGCAGGUGUACAGGGCAGACAACGGGGCCUGCUGGACCCAACUACCAACUACGACUCAACCCACCUGCAGACCGGUCUACCUCCAUGUGCCUGCAACACAUUACCAGGAGCCUGUUGGUCAAGUCCAUCCUGACUCCCUGACUAAUGACUGUGAUGAGGACAGUGAGGGGAAACCAGCAGGCCUUAGUAGACUAGCUGGGGAAUGCAAUGGUCCCAACCUUCCAGGCUCGCUAGCCUUCGUCCAAGCCCAUGAAAUAAGCAGCAACUGCAGAGGCUCUGUCAACGCCACUCCAGAGAGCAUUGCCAUAGUUGAACCUCCCAGAGACAAGGACAACUCGAGGCCCCACAGAGGCAGGGGUCCUCCCAAGAAGAGGCGUCCAGAAAUGGAGUCAGAUUCGGACAGUGAGGCAGAACCUGGGCUCGCUAGCAAAAGGGAGCGACUGGCAGAAAGGGAGCUCCCCAAGGUCUCCUCCAAAGACUCCAGGGAGACUCCAGGUCAGGCCGAGGUGCAACGUCCUUUGCUCAGUCUGAGGGACUUCCGGGACGCCAGCAACUGGAGGGAGAUGGCAAGGUCUAAGAAGAUGCCACCAUACUUUGACCUGAUUGAGGAAAACCUGUAUCUGACUGAACGGUGAGAUUUUGUUCCACUUCUGUUUUUUGCUAUAGUUGGCAUGCAAAGUCAUCCAAAACAUUGUUUAUAUUAUAAAUUGGUUGUACAAAAUUUAAAACGCGAGAUCAUCAUAUGACUUCAGCAUAAGAGUAACGACCACUGAGGGAUUUCUGUUGAUCUGUACAGGAAGAAGAACAAGUCUCAUCGAGACAUCAAGCGAAUGCAGUGUGAGUGCUCUAUGCUCUCGAGGGAGGAGCGGUCUCGUGGAAUGAUGGCUUGUGGGGAGGACUGCCUUAACCGUCUGCUGAUGAUCGAGUGGUGAGUUCUUCUCCUUUGCAUCACCCUGGUAAUACCAAACUGUAAAGCAGAUCAUAUACAGUGCCUUCAGAAAGUAGAUUUUGUGUCACUGGCCUACACACAAUACCCCACAAUGUCAAAGUGGAAAUAUGUUUUAAAAAAAUGUUUACAAAUUAAUUAAAAAUGAAAAGCUGAAAUGUUUUGACGAAACAAGUAUUCAACCCCUUUGUUAUGGCCUAAAUAAGUUCAGGAGUAAUUAAUUGCAUGGACUCAUUCUGUGUGCAGUAAUAGUGUUUAACAUGAUUUUUUAAUUGCUACCUCAUCUCUGUACCCCACACAUACAAUUAUCUUUAAGGUCCCUCAGUCGUGCAGUGAAUUUCAAACAGAUUCAACCACAAAGACCAGGGAGGUUUCCCAAUGCCUCGCAAAGAAGGGCACCUAUUGAUAGAUGGGUACAAGUAAAUACAAAAACAGACAUUGAAUAUCCCUUUGAGCAUGGUGAAGUUAUUAAUUACACUUUGGAUGGUGUAUCAAUACACCCGUUCACUACAAAGAUACAGGCGUCCUUCCUAACAGUUGCCAGAGAGGAAGGAAACCGCUCAGGGAUUUCCCCAUGAGGCCAAUGGUGACUUUAAAACAAAGUUUAAUGGCUGUGAUAGAAUAUAACUGAGGAUGAAUCAACAACAUUGUAGUUACUCCACAAUACUAACCUAAAUGACAGAGUGAAAAGAAGGAAGCCUGCACAGAAUAAAAAUAUUGCAAAACAUUCAUCCUGUUUGCAAUAAGGCACUAAAGUAAACCUGCAAUACAUGUGGCAAAGAAAUUAACUUAAUGUCCUGAAUACAAAGUUUUAUGUUUGGGGCAAAUCCAACACAACACAUCACUGAGUACCACUUCAUAUUUUCAAGCUUGGUGGUGGCUGAAUCAUGUUAUGGGUAUGCUUGUCAUCGGCAAGGACUAGGGAGCAUUUUAGGAUUAAAAGAAACGGAAAGGGGGUAAGCACAGGCAAAAUCCUUGGGAAACCUGGUUGUCUGCUUUCCAACAGACACUAGGAGACAAAUUCACCUUUCAGCAGGACAAUAACCUAAAACACUAUGCCUAAUAUACACUGGAGUUGCUUACCAAGAUGACAUUUAAUGUUCCUGAGUGGCCUAGUUACAGUUUUGACUUAAAUCGGCUUGAAAAUCUAUGAGAAGACUUGAAAAUGGCUGUCUAGCAAUGAUUAACAACCAACUUGACAGAGCUUGAAUAACUUUUAAAAGAAUAAUGUGCAAAUAUUUUACUGUCCAAGUGUGCAAAGAUCUUCGAGACUUACCCAGAAAGACUCACAGCUGUAAUUGCCGCCAAAAACGAUUCUAACGUAUUGUCUCAUGGGUGUGAAUACUUAGGUAAAUUAGACAUUUCUGUAUUUAAUUUUCCAAAAUGUGCAAGAUUUUCUAAAAACAUGUUUUCACUUUGUCAUUAUGGAGUAUUGUUUGUAGAUUGGUGAGAAAAAAAAAUAAUCUAUUUAAUCCAUUUUGAAUUCAGGCUGUAACAACAAAAUGUGGAAUAAGUCAAGGGGUAUGAAUACUUUCUGAAGGCACUGUAGUAUAGUUUUAUCAUUGGUCCUUUACCAGUUCAUCUUGAAACAUAGGAAGGUUAUGAGGAAGGUUCGCAAUGACUGUGAUAUGUGGUUGCCUAUUUAACUUAGUUGAAUGAACUGACUGUAAGUUGCUCUGGAGAAGAGCGUCUGCUAAAUGGCCAUAAUAAAAAAAUGUAAUGUCCCUGUCUUUGCAGCUCAUCGCGGUGCCUGAAUACAGGAUACUGCUCCAACCGACGCUUCCAGAUGAAACAGCAUGCAGACUUUGAGGUCAUCCUGACUGAAGAAAAGGGCUGGGGACUGAGGGCGGCCAGGGACCUGAUGCCGUAAGGCUCUUAGAUCUUAGCCCUUGAUUCAUGAUAGAACACCCAGGGCUCGUUCUCAAUAGAUCUUUCCUCGAUUUCUCGCAUCCUUUCUCCUUGACUCCUCAAAACACAUUGGAGAGGAAGUUCUGAGAGAAACCCCUUGGACCUUCUCCAAUACGGUUGAGGAGGCGUGGCGAUAGGAUGUGAGUAAUUGUGAAAAGACAAAAUGAGAUUGAGCCCUGGUCAUUGCCCUAAAAGCUGCACUCUGAUUUCAUAAAAGUUAAGAGUGGCGCCACAAAGGAGUCUUGCUAUUUUUUUCAGUGUUUGAUACAAUUUCAGAAACACGUUUGUGCUGGAGUACUGCGGAGAGGUGUUGGACCACAAGGAGUUCAAGAUGCGGGUGAAAAAGUACGCUAGCAUGAAGAACAUCCACUACUAUUUCAUGGCCUUGAAGAAUAAUGAGGUGAGACCACUGGAACAUUGACGCCCCUUCCAUACAUAUAGUGCACUGAACUCCUGAAAUGGGGACUAGGACUAGCUCAGUUGGUUGGAGCUAGGCCUUUGUCAAAGGUAAAAGCCUGUUGCCCAUUCGGUGGGCAAAACUGGUUGAAAUUAAAUGAUCUUUUCAACCAGUUUUGCCUUUUGAAAAUACAUAUUUGCAACCAGUUUUUCCUUUGAAAAUGCAUAAUUUCUACCAGUGGGCAUGUUGGUUUUAGAAUGUACUUUUCAUCAACAAAGGCAGUCAAAGUCUAAACCAGACAGCUACAGUGCCUUGCAAAAAUAUUCAUCCCCCUUGGCGUUUUUCCUAUUUUGUUGCAUUACAACCUGUAAUUUAAAUUGAUUUUUAUUUGGAUUUCAUGUAAUGGACAUACACAAAAUAGUCCAAAUUGGUGAAGUGAAAUGAAAAAAAUUACUUGUUUCAAAAAAUUUGACUAAAUAAAUAACGGAAAAGUGGUGCGUGCAUACAGUGGGGAGAACAAGUAUUUGAUACACUGCCGAUUUUGCAGGUUUUCCUACUUACAAAGCACGUAGAGGUCUGUAAUUUUUAUCAUAGGUACACUUCAACUGUGAGAGACGGAAUCUAAAACAAAAAUCCAGAAAAUCACAUUGUAUGAUUUUUAAGUAAUUAAUUUGCAUUUUAUUGUAUGACAUAAGUAUUUGAUCACCUACCAACCAGUAAGAAUUCCGGCUCUCACAGACCUGUUAGUUUUUCUUUAAGAAGCCCUCCUGUUCUCCACUAAUUACCUGUAUUAACUGCACCUGUUUGAACUCGUUACCUGUAUAAAAGACACCUGUCCACACACUCAAUCAAACAGACUCCAACCUCUCCACAAUGGCCAAGACCAGAGAGCUGUGUAAGGACAUCAGGGAUAAAAUUGUAGACCUGCACAAGGCUGGAAUGGGCUACAGGACAAUAGGCAAGCAGCUUGGUGAGAAGGCAACAACUGUUGUUCAAGAUGACGGUCAAUCACCCUCGGCCUGGGGCUCCAUGCAAGAUCUCACCUCGUGGGGCAUCAAUGAUCAUGAGGAAGGUGAGGGAUCAGCCCAGAACUACACGGCAGGACCUGGUCAAUGACCUGAAGAGAGCUGGGACCACAGUCUCAAAGAAAACCAUUAGUAACACACUAUGCCGUCAUGGAUUAAAAUCCUGCAGCGCACGCAAGGUCCCCCUGCUCAAGCCAGCGCAUGUCCAGGCCCGUCUGAAGUUUGCUAAUGACCAUCUGGAUGACCCAGAGGAGGAAUGGGAGAAGGUCAUGUGGUCUGAUGAGACAAAAAUAUAGCUUUUUGGUCUAAACUCCACUCGCCGUGUUUGGAGGAAGAAGAAGGAUGAGUACAACCCCAAGAACACCAUCCCAACCGUGAAGCAUGGAGGUGGAAACAUCAUUCUUUGGGGAUGCUUUUCUGCAAAGGGGACAGGACGACUUCACCGUAUUGAGGGGAGGAUGGAUGGGGCCAUGUAUCGCGAGAUCUUGGCCAACAACCUCCUUCCCUCAGUAAGAGCAUUGAAGAUGGGUCGUGGCUGGGUCUUCCAGCAUGACAACGACCCAAAACACACAGCCAGGGCAACUAAGGAGUGGCUCCGUAAGAAGCAUCUCAAGGUCCUGGAGGGGCCUAGCCAGUCUCCAGACCUGAACCCAAUAGAAAAUCUUUGGAGGGAGCUGAAAGUCCGCAUUGCCCAGCGACAGCCCCGAAACCUGAAGGUCUGUAUGGAGGAGUGGGCCAAAAUCCCUGCUGCAGUGUGUGCAAGCCUGGUCAAGACCUACAGGAAACGUAUGAUCUCUGUAAUUGCAAACAAAGGUUUCUGUACCAAAUAUUAAGUUAUGCUUUUCUGAUGUAUCAAAUAAUUAUGUCAUGCAAUAAAAUGCAAAUUAAUUACUUAAAAAUCAUACAAUGUGAUUUUCUGGAUUUUUGUUUUAGAUUCCGUCUCACAGUUGAAGUGUACCUAUGAUAAAAAAACCUGCAAAAUUGGCAGUGUAUCAAAUACUUGUUCUCCCCACUGUAUGUAUUCACCCCCUUUGCUAUGAAGCCCCUAAAUAAGAUCUGGUGCAACCAAUUACCUUCAGAAGUCACCAAAAUUAGUUAAAUAAAGUCCACCUGUGUGCAAUCUAAGUGUCACAUGAUCUCAGUAUAUAUACACCUGUUCUGAAAGGCCCCAGAGUCUGCAACACCAGUAAGCAAGGGGCAGCACCACAAAGACCAAGGAGCUCUCCAAACAGGUCAGGGACAAAGUUGUGGAGAAGUACAGAUCAGGGUUGGGUUAUAAAAAAAUAUCAGAAACUUUGAACAUCCCACGGAGCACCAUUUAAAUCCAUUAUUUAAAAAAUGGAAAGAAUAUGGCACCACAACAAACCUGCCAAGAGAGGGCCGCCCACCAAAACUCACAGACCAGGCAAGGAGGGCAUUCAUCAGUGAGGCAACAGAGACCAAAGAUAACCCUGAAGGAGCUGCAAAGCUCCACAGCGGAGAUUGGAGUAUCUGUCCAUAGGACCACUUUAAGCCAUACACUCCACAGAGCUGGGCUUUACGGAAGAGUGGCCAGAAAAAAGCAAUUUCUUAAAGAAAAAAAUAAGCAAACACGUUUGGUGCUCGCCAAAAGGCAUGUGGGAGACUCCCCAAACAUAUGGGAGAAAGUACUGUGGUCAGAUGAGACUCAAAUUGAGCUUUUUGGCCAUCAAGGAAAAAUAGUUAUGCACGCUCAAGUGUGCUGGGUUUUUUUGGUCUUAUUUCUUGUUCGUUUCACAAGGAGGAAAAAAGUGCAUCUUCAAUGUGGUAGGCAUGUUGUGUAAAUCAAAUGAUACAAACCCCCCCAAAACUCAUUUUAAUUCCAGUUUGUAAGGCAACAAAAUUGGAAAAAUGCCAAGGGGGGUGAAUACUUUCGCAAGCCACUGUAUAGGCUGCGUCCGACAUGGCACCCUAUUCCCUAUAAAGUGCACUACCAGACCAGAGCCCACAAGUUUAGUGUGCAUCCCAAAUGACACCCUGAUUGGGUCUGGUCAAAAGUAGUGCCGUAUGUAGGCUAUAGGGUGCCAUUUGGGAUACACUCAGUGUUCUAUCGUUUACAACUGACAGGUAAUGUGGAAGGUUACCUGAAACUCCUUUCUUCUGUGUCUCCUCAGAUCAUAGACGCCACACUGAAGGGGAACUGCUCACGCUUCAUGAACCACAGCUGUGAGCCCAACUGUGAGACCCAGAAGGUAUAUAGCCUGGCGGCCAGAGAGAGGUCCUUUGCGGUAUCUGUCCAGGGUUUCCAGAUUUCUAUGAAAUAGGAUCUAUAAUGAAUUACAAUGAGUUCAAUCGGUUUCCUUCCAAAAAAUGGUAAUUACCUAUGUUAAAAAGCAGCUUUUCUGUGUUUUGAAUGGUGUGGGCUUACCCCAACAACACAUUGGUGUGGGUGUAUACCGCUCAGAAAAAAUAUUCAUGACGAGUAAACAGCUGAUUUUCCAGCUCAGCCAAUUAGCCGUCUCGGACAAAAACAUGACCUCAUCCUCUGAGGAAAUAGCAAGCAUUUUUGAAACGGUCUGUUUGAGAUAUAAGUUUAAGAAGGGGUUUUUUAAGUUUGUUUUCCAGUUUUUUUUUUUUUUUCCUCUCAUUUAUGCUUCGGCCACAUAGAAGUAUAGGACGAGUCAACAACAUUAUUUGCGUACGAGUUAACGGAGUAUGAGCAUUUAAAAGUGAGAUUUUCACUGGACGGUUCAUUUGUCUUGGUUCAGAACAAUAUUUGCCUCUACUUUGUUCUACUUUUAGCCUGGUUCCAGAUCUGUUUGUGUUCUUGCCAGCUCCAUUGAUGUCGUUGUCAAGCCAAAUAUGGCAAUGAGUGACAGGAAGUCUGCAUUAUAGUACAAACAUACUGGCACUCAGGCUACUCUACCAGGGAACUGCAUCUCAAUCUGUGAUUUCAUUUGACAUUUUAGUUAUUUAUCAGACGCUCUUAUCCAGAGCGAUUUACAAUUGGUGCGUUAAUCUUAAAAUAGCUAGGUGAGACGACACAUCAGUCGUCUCAAGUACACUUUCCCUCAACAAAGUAUUUAUCGGCAAAGUGAAAAACCAUGUUUGUUUUAUCCUGACAUUUCUUUUUGUGUCUGUAUUUCAGUGGACUGUGAACGGCCAGCUGAGAGUUGGGUUCUUCACCUCCAGGACCGUCACGGCUGGUACAGAGCUUACCUUCGACUACCAGUUCCAGAGAUAUGGGUUAGUGUCUCUCUAUCUGCGUCCCAAAUGACGCCCCAUUCCCUUUUUAGUGCACUAUUUUUUGACCAAGGCCCAUAGGAUGCCAUUUAGCAUUAGCUUCUCUUUUGGAUUUUAAAUGUCUGUUGUAACAAUGUUUGACACUCUGUUCUAAUACAUCACCCUGCUGUUGUAGUCAUUGUUCUAAUACAUCACCCUGCUGUGUGUAGUCAUUGUUCUAAUACAUCACCCUGCUGUUGUAGUCAUUGUUUUAAUGCAUCACCCUGCUGUUGUAGUCAUUGAAAGCAUAUAAAAUUAUGAUAAGCCCCUGUUGCUCUCUUGACUGACAUAUAGCUAUGAUGUAGUGCUUUACUCCUUCUCCUCUGUACACACCAGGAAAGAGGCCCAGAAGUGCUUCUGUGGGGCUCCCAGCUGCCGAGGCUUCCUAGGCGGGGAGAACCGGGUCAGUGUAAGAGCAGCAGCAGGGAAGAUGAAGAAAGAGCGCCCUCGCAAGAAGGACACCUCCGUGAGCAAUGCACUUACUACGGUAAGUGUGUGGGUCAGGUUUGGCAUUGGCACUCCCAAGAGUCCCAGGUUUUCCAUAAAUCCUGUUCUGGAAGAUUCCUGGAAUAAGUAUGAAAUCUUCCAACAAAGAAAUUAUCAACAUUUUGGCAAACCUAGGACUGGCUGUCUCUGAACAGCCAUCACUUGAAAAGGUGCUAGGGAAGUGAGUUGUUGUGGAGUUCAUGUCACUAUCAACCAAACUGAAUAUUUAAAGGUCCAAUGCAGACGUUUUUAUCUCAAUAUCAAAUAAUUUCUGAGGUAACAAUUAAGUACCUUACUGUGAUUGAUUGUUUUUCAAUUAAAAUGGUCAAAAACAAACAAAUAGCUUCUUAGCGAAGAGCAAAUUUUCAAGCAAGAAUUUAGCUUGGACUGUUUUGUUUGGGAGUGGUCUGAGCGGAGAGGAGAAAACUACCUGUUGUUGGCAGAGAGGUUUGGAACUCAUUUUCCACCUGGUGAUGUCGCCAAAACUCCAUCCCACCAAAACGGGCUGAAAUUUCAGGCGGUCUUUUCAAACAGCUCUUACACUAAAAUGGCAUUUAUCAUAAUUUUCACAAUUUCACAGUAUUAUUCCAACCUCAUAGUGUGGAAAUGUAUAUAUUUUAAAAACGUUUUUGAGCUAUUUCAUAACUCCAAUCGAAUUAUCUGCUGAAACCCGCAGCAGUGAUGUUCCGUGUUCCAAAUGGCACCCUAUUCCCUAUUUAGUGCACUACUUUUGAUCAGGGCUCUGGUCAUAAGUAGUGCACUAUAUAGGGGAUAGGGUGCCAUUUGAGACGUAGCCAUGGUCUAGCGAGGCAGAUACGGGUCCGGUUUGUACUGGCUUUAGGCUAAUUGCUCUGAGAGCUCCAGUGGCUUCUCCUUUCCAUAAAUAACACUGCUACUGAACACAAAAGGACCGGCUAUUUUAGUUCUGUGAAACCUUGGCAAUGGAGGCUCAAGUCCUCAUCGUAAUCUGCUACGCUGUUCUAUUUUCAAGAAUUUGGUGCGAUUCACGCCUUAGAACACUUGAUAAAGUGGCUUGCGCUCUGCUCACGCUACCAGUGUAGCAGCUAAAAACCUACUGUAGCUGUCCUGUUACUGCUGAUUAUUAAUGUUGGUCUGCCAGUGUAGCUGUCCUGUUACUGCUGAGUGUUAAUGCUGGUCUGCCCGUGUAGCUGUCCUGUUACUGCUGAGUGUUGAUGUUGGUCUGCCAGUGUAGCUGUCCUGUUACUGCUGAGUGUUAAUGCUGGUCUGCCAGUGUAGCUGUCCUGUUACUGCUGAGUGUUAAUGCUGGUCUGCCAGUGUAGCUGUCCUGUUACUGCUGAGUGUUGAUGCUGGUCUGCCAGUGUAGCUGUCCUGUUACUGCUGAGUGUUGAUGCUGGUCUGCCAGUGUAGCUGUCCUGUUACUGCUGAGUGUUAAUGCUGGUCUGCCAGUGUAGCUGUCCUGUUACUGCUGAGUGUUGAUGCUGGUCUGCCAGUGUAGCUGUCCUGUUACUGCUGAGUGUUGAUGCUGGUCUGCCAGUGUAGCUGUCCUGUUACUGCUGAGUGUUGAUGCUGGUCUGCUGUGUCUCCAGGUGGAUGAGGAGCUAGAGGCUCUGCUGGAGAACGGGGAGGGUCUGUACGAUGAGAAGGAGGUGGUGUCUCUCUGCAGGCUGAUGGUCAGAGUGGAGACCAUGGAGCAGAAACUCAUCUGCCUCAAACUUAUCCAAGUAAGCACACCUGACCCACCACAAAUGAACACAUAUUUCCUUUUAUAGUGCACUAUAGUUAUAGGCCCUGGUCAUUUGGGACGCACACAUUUCAGUUAAAGGUAUUCAGUUUGUUUAUUUUUGUAUCCUUCAGAAUCAGUCAAGACCCAAUAAGUUGUUAUAUUGUGUAUGUAUUGUGUGUGUGGGGGGGUGUAUUGUAUUGGGGAGUGAUGUCUGUUGUGUACUGUAUGUUAUUAUGUGGAGGGUGUUGUGUUAGGAUUAUUAUCAAAACAUUUAUUCUGACUUGCCUGCCUUAAUUGCACCUGAGGGGAUAAAUACAUUAGAAUUUAAUUACAUUUUGGGCAACCACGCUGAAGCCCAAAUCAAACACAAAUGAUUUUUAUGCGCGUGAACACGCUGGAAUUAGAAUGCACGGUAGUGAAUGAGAGAAAACAGAUGGGCCGCGAGCGUCAAAUUAGAAAGCAAAUCUAUUUUUCUCGCAGCUGCGCAAAGCAAUGCUGGUAAAAUUAACUGAUAAAUUGCCAGAAAAUAGACUGCAUUGUUAACGCUGGAAUUGACGUGUAUAUUUAGUGUUAAGUUUAGAUGCCAGUGCCAAUAAUACUGGACAUAUUUGAAAACAAUAGCGUUAUGCCAACCUCUGUUGAUUUAGAUCACAGGCAUUAGCUUAGGCAGGCUACGGCUGGGGAACUCGAGGAACUCUAUGUAGAAAGAACGAGACUAGCUAAAUUCUUUAUGAACUUCUCGGGUGUAUUAGCUACAACUGUCCUCACAUUCUAACGUAUAACAACUGUUUAGAGGCAGGCAGGUACGGUGGCUCCUGUAGGACAUAUAAGGUGAGUCAAAAGAACACACAACAAUAAUUCACAAGGGCUACAUAGCGAACAUAACAAAUACAACUGUUUAUUAUGGAUUCUCAUGACAUUAAGUUGGCAUACGCUUUACAGUGUAUGUGAAUAGACGCUCUUAACUCUCGCACGCAAAGUUUGACGCCGUUGAUGUCGCUCUGUGUGAUUUGGGCUUGAGACCCCACUGAGACCCACAGAUACAUUGGCACUGAAGGGUUUGAAGUGAGUCUCAGGAGGAAGGUUUUUCUCUGUCAUAAUGUUGACUUGGUUGUUUGUAUGAACAGGAUACCCAGAGCCCGUCCUGCCUGAAGCAGUUCCUGGACCAUCACGGUCUGUCUCUACUGUGGAUCUUCAUGGUGGAGCUCUCUGAAGCCAAGGGCAACAGUGUCAACAACAUCAAACUGCAGUUUCAGGUGACAAUUAAAUCCAUUUGGGGUUGAACUUUUAAAACAUUCCAGGUGAAGCUGGUUGAGAGAAUGCCAAGAGUGUGCAAAGCUGUCAUCAAGGCAAAGGGUGGCUAUUUGAAGAAUCUCAAAUAUAACAUAUAUUUUGAUUUGUUUAACACUUUUUUUUGGUUACUACAUGAUUCCAUAUGUGUUAUUUAAUAGUUUUGAUGUCUUCACUAUUAUUCUACAAUGUAGAAAAUAGUUAAAAUAAAGGAAAACCCUGGAAUGAGUAGGUGUCCAAACUUUUGACUGGUACUGUAUGUGAGGAUACACUUUGGACUAAACCAAUUCAGAUGAUUUUAAUUCAAAGGUCCUAGGAAUAUCCAAACAAGAAAUGUAUGUUAACCAACUACUGACCAUUCCCUGUGUCUCCAGAUCAUGAAGACCCUGUCAGUAUUGCCUAUCUCCACUAAGAACAUGUUGGAGGAGAGUCAUGUCCUGAGCCUCAUCCAGCGCUGGGCCCAGACACACACACACUCCCUCCCCCAGCCCCCCGGGGCUGACCAGGACGGCUACUCCAGUGAGAACACGUCCCGCGCCCAGACCCCUCUCAACACUCCCGACGGCUCCUCUGCCUCAGUCGCCAAACUGGGCCCUGAGCUGGACAGUGACACCCCCAAACUGGGCCCUGAGCUGGACAGUGACACCCCCAAACGGGCCGUGUACCGUCGCCUCAAGAUCAGCGAGAACAGCCUGGACAGCGCCAUGUCGGACGCCAGCAAGGCCUCGGACGGUAAGGAGGAGGAAGAGGAGGAUGAAGAGGAGAUGGAGGAUGAGGAGGCCUCACGAUCUGAGCCUCCAGUGGAGAGCAGCAAACGGGCACAGACUGAGCCGGUGGUUGAGGCCCAGGCCCAGACUGAGCCGGUGGUUGAGGCCCAGGCCCAGACUGAGCCGGUGGUUGAGGCCCAGGCCCAGACUGAGCCGGUGGUUGAGGCCCAGGCCCAGACUGAGCCGGUGGUUGAGGCCCAGGCCCAGACUGAGCCGGUGGUUGAGGCCCAGGCCCAGGCCGAGCCGGUGGUUGAGGCCCAGGCCCAGGCCGAGCCGGUGGUUGAGGCCCAGGCCCAGGCCGAGCCGGUGGUUGAGGCCCAGGCCCAGGCCGAGCCGGUGGUUGAGGCCCAGGCCGAGCCGGUGGUUGAGGCCCAGGCCCAGGCCGAGCCGGUGGUUGAGGCCCAGGCCGAGCCGGUGGUUGAGGCCCAGGCCCAGGCCGAGCCGGUGGUUGAGGCCCAGGCCCAGGCCGAGCCGGUGGUUGAGGCCCAGGCCCAGGCCGUGGUUGAGGCCCAGACUCCCACAACGGAGGAGCCAACAGAAGAGCCAGUCACAGAGCUGAAGGAGACACCAGAGGUGGUAGUGGAGGCCAUGGAGGUCACAGAACCCAAAGCUGAGAGCCAAGACGCUAAAGAUCAGGAGGAGGGGGUGAAAGACGAGUGGAGUGAGGGACAGAAGAACGGAGAGGAGGAGCAUGCAAGUCAGUCAAUGGAGGAGAGUGAGGUUGUGGCGGGAGAGCAGGCCAACAUGGAGGUCCAGGUCCAGGAAUCAUCACAGAUUGAGCCAGUUCAGACGGAAGUUACUGAGACCCCUUCAGAGGAGCAUCCUGCUGGGGAGAAGGAGGAGACCACCACAGCAGAGACCGGGACUGAAGAUGCUGAGAAGGCUCCAGGCAGCCAGGAACAGCCAGGCCAGGUGGCCCCUGAGGUUCCCCCGGAGGUGGCCCCUGGCACUGAGGACACUGCCCAGGUAGUGACCCCAGCCUCGGAGGCCCCUCCACCUCCCUCUCCGGUGGUCCCCGUGGAGCCUACGGCAGUGGGGACGCCCUCGCAGGAUGAGGAGGAGGGUGUGUCUGAUGUGGAGAGUGAGAGGAGCCAGGAGCCCCAGCUCAGAGCUGUGGAUAUAGGAGACAUGGCUGCUAGGUUACUGGACAGCUGGAGGGACCUGAAGGCAAGGACACAUGGAAACACUGAUUAACACACACACACAGAUGUGUGUGUGUGUGUAUACAGUGGGGGAAAAAAGAAUUUAGUCAGCCACCAAUUGUGCAAGUUCUCCCACUUAAAAAGAUGAGAGAGGCCUGUAAUUUUCAUCAUAGGUACACGUCAACUAUGACAGACAAAAUGAGAAAAGAAAUUCCAGAAAAUCACAUUGUAGGAUUUUUUAUGAAUUUAUUUGCAAAUUAUGGUGGAAAAUAAGUAUUUGGUCAAUAACAAAAGUUUCUCAAUACUUUGUUAUAUACCCUUUGUUGGCAAUGACACAGGUCAAACGUUUUCUGUAACUCUUCACAAGGUUUUCACACACUGUUGCUGGUAUUUUGGCCCAUUCUUUCAUGCAGAUCUCCUCUAGAGCAGUGAUGUUUUGGGGCUGUCGCUGGGCAACACGGACUUUCAACUCCCUUCAAAGAUUUUCUAUGGGGUUGAGAUCUGGAGACUGGCUAGGCCACUCCAGGACCUUGAAAUGCUUCUUACGAAGCCACUCCUUCGUUGCCCAGGCGGUGUAUUUGGGAUCAUUGUCAUGCUGAAAGACCCAGCCACGUUUCAUCUUCAAUGCCCUUGCUGAUGGAAGGAGGUUUUCACUCAAAAUCUCACAAAACAUGGCCCCAUUCAUUCUUUCCUUUACACGGAUCAGUCGUCCUGGUCCCUUUGCAGAAAAACAGCCCCAAAGCAUGAUGUUUCCACCCCCAUGCUUCACAGUAGGUAUGGUGUUCUUUGGAUGGAACUCAGCAUUCUUUGUCCUCCAAACACGACGAGUUGAGUUUUUUUUAACCAAAAAGUUAUAUUUUGGUUUCAUCUGACCAUAUGACAUUCUCCCAAUCCUCUUCUGGAUCAUCCAAAUGCACUCUAGCAAACUUCAGACGGGCCUGGACAUGUACUGGCUUAAGCAGGGGGACACGUCUGCCACUGCAGGAUUUGAGUCCCUGGCGGCGUAGUGUGUUACUGAUGGUAGGCUUUGUUACUUUGGUCCCAGCUCUCUGCCGGUCAUUCACUAGGUCCCCCUGUGUGGUUCUGGGAUUUUUGCUCACCGUUCUUGUGAUCAUUUUGACCCCACGGGGUGAGAUCUUGCGUGGAGCCCCAGAUCGAGGGAGAUUAUCAGUGGUCUUGUAUGUCUUCCAUUUCCUAAUAAUUGCUCCCACAGUUGAUUUCUUCAAACCAAGCUGCUUACCUAUUGCAGAUUCAGUCUUCCCAGCCUGGUGCAGGUCUACAAUUCUGGUUUCUGGUGUCCUUUGACAGCUCUUUGGUCUUGGCCAUAGUGGAGUUUGGAGUGUGACUGUUUGAGGUUGUGGACAGGUGUCUUUUAUACUGAUAACAAGUUCAAACAGGUGCCAUUAAUACAGGUAACGAGUGGAGGACAGAGGAGCCUCUGAAAGAAGAAGUUACAGGUCUGUGAGAGCCAGAAAUCUUGCUUGUUUGUAGGUGACCAAAUACUUAUUUUCCACCAUAAUUUGCAAAUAAAUUCAUUAAAAAUCCUACAAUGUGAUUUUCUGGAUUUUUUUUUCUCAUUUUGUCUGUCAUAGUUGACGUGUACCUAUGAUGAAAAUUACAGGCCUCUCUCAUCUUUUUAAGUGGGAGAACUUGCACAAUUGGUGGCUGACUAAAUACUUUUUUUCCCCACUGUAUAUAUAUACAUACAUACACACACACACACACUGAGAUGAUUGUUAUUUACAUGUGUGGUUUGUGACUCAUCCUUCAGGAGGUGUACAGGAUCCCCAAGAAGAGCCAGGUGGAGAAGGAGACACACGGUAGGUCUCUCCCCCCUCUCAGUCUCUCUCCCUCUCUCUCCUCUCUCUCUCUCUCUCGUCUCUCUCUCUCUCUCUCUCUCCCUCUCUCCCCUUCUCCCCUCCUCUCUUCUCCUCUCUCCUCCUCUCUCCUCAUCGUUUCGCUCUCUCUCUUCUCUCCUCUCUCCCUUCUCCUCACUCUCCGCUCCUUCUCUCUCCCCUCACUCUCUCUCUCCUUCUCCUCUCCUCUCUCUCUCUCUCUCUCUCCCCCCCCCUCUCUCCUCUCUCUCCUCUCUCUCUGCCUCUCUCUCUCUCUCCCUCUCUCUCUCCUCUCUCCUCAUCUCUUCUCUCUCUCUCUCUCCCUCCCUCUCUAUCAUCUCUCUCUCUCUCUCUCUCUCUCUCUCCUCUCCUCUCUCUCUCUCUCUCGUUACUCUCUCCCCCUCUCUCUCUCCCGCUCUCUCUCGCUCUUUCUCUCACUCUCGCUAGCUCUGUGUCCACAUCUGUUACAUUGUAACGCUUUAUUUUCUGCAGUGCUAACAGCCUACCAUUUGAUGAGGCUUUAACCUGUUUGAUUGUCCCAUGUAUACAGAUCGUAGUCGAGACCGAGACGCUGCCCUGGCCCCGGCUCGCACCCCCUCCGGCAGCCGGGAACGUGAGAGGGAGCGGGACAAGGAGAGGGACAGGGAACGAGAUCGAGACAGAGACCGGGACAGGGAGCGUGACAGAGAAAGGGACAGAGAUUGGGAGCGAGACAGGGAGAGGGACAGAGAGCGAGACUGGGACAGAGACUCCGAGAAGACACCCCGCAGCACAGAGAGACGGAGGAGACGUGCCUCCACCUCCCCCCCGCCCUCAGCAUACGAGCGGAGCAGCAGGCGUAACGAGGACCGGUAGGACUGGCUGGAACACCAACAUGCUCAUAUAGAGACUGACUAGCUAUGGAUGAUCAAAUGUAAUUUGAUUAGAAAUUCAAUUCAGUCAUAAGUCAUUCUAUAACAGUGCAACGUUUUUGUAAACAAAACUCUUGUUGACUUUAGGCUCCUUUUCAAAUUGCACCCUGUCCCCAGAAGUAGUGUACUAUAGGGAAUACGGUGCCAUUUGGGACGCAGACCAAAACUGUUGUUGACUUUUAGAAAUGUCUGUAGUGUUCUGUUGAUCUCCGUAGACAGUAGUAUUGACUGUGUGUUUCUAGGUUUGACCUGGCUAACAGCAGUAAGAAGAGCCGUACCAUCACCAAGGAGCGCACCAAGCUGUCCACAGAGGAGCGCAGGAAGCUGUUUGAACAGGAGGUGGCCCAGCGUGAGGCCCAGAAACAGCAACAACAGUUACAACAGCAGCAGCAACAACAACAACAACAACAACAGCAGCAGCAACAGCUCCAGACUCUAGCCUACGAUGCAGCCCUGACCUACACUACCAGCCCAGCUGGCUUCCUUCACUACCCCCCCGGCUACCCCCUCCAGACCUACGUGGACCCCAUCAACCCCAACGCAGGCAAGGUGUUGCUGCCUACUCCUCCUGUGGAGCCCCUGGUCCCAGCCACCCUGGCCUUCGAGCAGACCCCUCCCCAGGCUCUGAUCACCGAGCUGGGCAUGGCCUCUCCCUCCUCCACCUCCCAGCCCCCUCCAGUAUCCAACCUGUCCAGCCUCCCCCAACACAUCCAGCAACCCACCGCCCCUCUGGAGCUCCACCGCGGCACGCCCCAGCAGUACACCCUGCAGCCCAGCGUGGCAGGCCAGGACCCUGGUGUAGCCGUCCUGUCAGUGCCUGCCGUGUCAGCGCCCCCUCAGGUGCUCUAUUUUUAUAUUCGUGAUGAUUUUAAUGGGUUUUUAUUGCUUUUAUCGCAAAGUGACUUUCGACGUUUUAAAAAGCGCUCGAAAUAACAUUUGUUAUUAUUCAGGGCUCCAGAGUGCUACCAUUUGGUGCCAUUUUGCAACCCUUUGACUUGGCUGUGCGAGUUGCAAAUUCUAGCUGGUCCCCUAACUCAACGUCCUGUAUUCUUCUAAUAUUGUUGUAGGUGUCGGCGGGCCAGGGGAGUUACACCACGCUGUGGGACCCUACCACCCAGCAGGCUGUGACAGUACAGACCCAGAUAGCACCACAGUACCAGGUUGUCCCAGCACCUCCUCCCACCCAGACAGCCAUCUACUAUCAGGGCCAGCCCUGUCAGACCAUCUACAGUAUCCCCACUGCCUACCCACAGGCCAACACACCUGUCCUGCAGGUAGGCACACACUGCACCGUGUACUGAACAGUCAACACAUAUCGCCCUGCGUUGAUAAAGGCUUCCAAGCAACGCAGGCUGAAAGACCUGUUUCAUGACUAGAUCUGAAGGUUUUUCUCUAUUUGAGUAUCUGUGUGAUAUCUGUGACCUCUGUGUGUCUAUCAAUCCUGUUCUGGCUAGGCGUACUCUGAUCCGGCUGCCAGCUACCUCCAUGGUCAGCCGGUGUACACAGGUCACCAGCAGGGAGUGGUGGUUCAGCAGGGGGGCACGGUCACUACCAUCGUCACCUCACAGACUGUCCAGCAGGUAAGGAAGGCCUUCAGCAACAACCAGACCCAGACGCAUGAACACUGAUGAAAUUAUAUAUUCAUUCAUCGUUGUCCGUAUUUGUCUGUCAAAACUUCAACCAAAGUCAAUACUUUCAGACUAGUUGCAUACUCACAAAGGUCGACAUAAUGUGCAUCAUCUCAGUUGUCCAUCGUCCAUCAGUGGAUGACUCCCGUUCAAAAAAAAAACAUUUGCUCACUAUGUCAUACACCAAAUCUGUCUGCCCGUACCCUACCCCAAGCUAGCCACAAGGGGGAGGCAGUGUGUGCAUCAACGUGAUAGUCAGUCUUGAUUCUUGUCCAUCACAGUGAAGAGAGGUUUGCAGAUUCAUACUGUUUUCUAUCAUGAUGUAGGCCUAGUAAACAGUUGUUUUUUAAUCACUCCAGGAGACUUGAUGUAUGUUCACCUGCCUCUUUUAUUCUGUCCAGGAGUUGCCCAACACUGUGUUAGUCCCCAACAGUAUGAUAGACCUGCCGCCUCCCUCUCCUCCCAAACCCAAAACCAUCGUCCUGCCCCCCAGCUGGAAGGUAGCACGGGACGGAGAGGGAAAGAUCUACUACUACCACGUCAUCACCAGGUAGGCUACAUAUGGCCUCCUGUGUCUGUCAUCACCUGGUAGGCUACACAUGGCCUCCUGUGUCUGUCAUCACCUGGUAGGCUACACAUGGCCUCCUGUGUCUGUCAUCACCUGGUAGGCUACACAUGGCCUUCUGUGUCUGUCAUCACCUGGUAGGCUACACAUGGCCUUCUGUGUCUGUCAUCACCUGGUAGGCUACACAUGGCCUCCUGUGUCUGUCAUCACCUGGUAGGCUACACAUGGCCUCCUGUAUCUGUCAUCACCUGGUAGGCUACACAUGGCUGUGGUUCAUGUAGGUCACUCCCUGUGUGUGUGACUGCCUCUGCCUACCUGUCUGCCUGUCUAUCUGUCUGCUUUUGUGACUGUGUGUGUGUCUGUCAGCUUGUCUGUCUGCGUGUGUGUGUGACUUUGUCUGUGUGUCUGGCUGCGUUUUGUCUGCCUGGAAUUGUGUGACUGUGUGUCUUAUUGUGUGUGUAUCUACCCCCCUCCCCCCACAGGCAGACUCAGUGGGAUCCUCCCAGCAGCUGGGACGGGGCCAGUGAAGACGCACACAGCUUAGACCACGAGGCUGAGAUGGACCUGGGGACGCCCACCUACGACGAGAACCCCUCCAAGGUGACCUUUGACCCUGAAAACACACAGGCCAAGGCCUUUUAAAAUGCAUCCUUCCUUCCUUGAUAUAAUCACUAGCUAGGUUUCCAUCCAAUUGGCGAUAGAUUUUCAUGCCAAUAUUCUAAAAUCUGCAUAAAAACCAUAUGCGCAUUUUCCCUUCAGAGAUGUUUCCAUCAAAUUGACUUGUUGCAGAUGAAAGGCUGUGCGUGAUGACAUAGUGCACAUUAAAUACUUUUUUUUCCCGUGUACCAAAAUAAUAAAUACAAGUUAAAUGGGUUUCCAUCACAAUUUACACUCUACUGAUGGUUUUGACACAAUGUUUUUCGUUAUAUAGCGAGUGUGCCCACUCUGUUGUUAGUGCUGUUGGCUAGAGUGCACGUAUAGCCUACAUGAUGGGAUUAUUAUUAUGGACAAAAGAGCGAGAUUCUUUUUAUUUGUCAAAUGGCAGCCAAGCAUAGAUUAUUAUGUCACCAGAAUAAGACCUUCGAUAUUUAUUAGAAAGGAGCAUCAAGCUCAUCACGUUGCACUGUCACCAUCAUCAUUUAUUUCAUCUGUAGCCUAAUACACUGCAUGCUUUCCUGACGAGUCAGUGGGAGGACCACACGUCAUCGCGUGACUCCAAGUUUACUUCGAUAUGAUGGUUAUUAUAUCAAUAUUUGAGCAUAAAAGCGAUUCCGCCGACAUGUCUCACAUAUUUCAUUUUACCGAUGCAAAAAGAGUGUUUUGUUUUGUUGACAUUUGAAACGUUUACCGAAAAAUGUUCUGUUUCCAUCAGGCCUGUCAUUACAUUUUUUUAUCUGACAUGUACUUUACUGGCAUUAAAGGUUGGAUGGAAACCUGGUUACUGAUCUGGAUGUCAGUUGAUAGAUGAAAACAUGGCUUCCUUCCAUCUCAUUACUUUUACCAAUCUUACUGGUAGGUCAGUGAUUUCCAGAAGGAAGGGAGGAGGGUGGGUGGUUUUUAAGGUAUUUGAAUAGGGCCCAAAUCUCAUGUUUGAAUCAGAUUCACACAGGACUCUUGUCAAAUGUAGUGCACUGUCCAGGGACUAGGGUGUGACAUCGUCAGCAGAGUUCCAUCCAUACAGUCUUUAGGUCCUCGCCCCUAGUGCUGUGAGGCUAGGAGUAGAAACCCUUGUAUAAUAUCCAUUAUAUUGCCUUGUGUUUUGUUGCCUCCAGAGAGUUUCUAAAAGAUGAUGGAGUGAAAACAGAGCUACUCUAACUCAUCUGUUCAAAUGCAAAAUAGUUUGUUUAUUUUCGUUUGCUUCCCAGAAUGCUUGCGUGCGAAACAUGAUGAUAGUGUUCCUCCCAUCAGUUAAUUGAAGAUGUUGCAAAAGUGAUUAUUUUCAGCUGUGGGUUGGUUGGUUCCUCUCUGGGAUAGAGAAAAUGAACCCCCCCAAGGGCCUCUAGUCUAGAGCGUCAGACAGAGGCUGCAUCCCCAAAUGGCACCCUAUUCCCUACAUAGUGCACCACUACCCUAUGGGCCCUGGUCUAAAGUAGUGCACUAUAUAUGGGAGAGGGUGCCAUUCGGGACGCAGCCAGACACUAUACCUCUAGCUGGAGAUACAGUGGAUCACAUCUUAAAAGAGCUUCAUCAACAUCUGAAGGUGGUGGGGAUCUAGGUUUAGGAGCAGAAGAGGAGACCAUCCAAACCCACACAUCAUUCCUGCUUCGCUCCCGUACCUCCCUCCUCAGGCCCAGGUUGCAUCCCAAAUGGCACCCUAUCCCCAGAUAACACACUACACCCUAUGGGCCCUGUUCAAAAGUAGUGCACUAUAUAUGGAAUAUGGUGUCAUUUGGGAUGUAGACUCGGGCUCAGACAGCUGGCUGUCCUCUAGGUACUCAGUCAGGGUGGGGAUGGCUUGACUCCUCUUCUCUGUAGUUUCUUUCCCAUUCUCCUUCUGCCUGGCUCGUCUGUCUGCCUGGCUCGUCUGUCUGCCUGGCUCGUCUGUCUGCCUGGCUCGUCUGUCUGCCUGGCUCGUCUGUCUGCCUGGCUCUCUCUGUAUCUCUCACGCUCUCAAUUCAAUGUCCUGUAGUUCAUUCAAUGUAAUUGGAGAAUCCAGUGGGUUCUGGUAGUCUUUUAAUAGUUGAUUUGUAUUUGAUCAUGUAUAUGUUUUUGUAGUUUUGUUUUUUGUUAAAGUGCCAAAAAGAUUGGAGAAGUGGUUUAUCCACACAUCUCCGUUUAGGAUAGAUAACUCUUCGUGUUGUUUGUUUAGAAUUUUCCCAGAAGUGGUUAGAUUCUAUGGAUUCUUCAAUUACAUUGAACUGAUUUCUGACGUAAUUGGACAUGUACUAGUCUGUGGUGAUAAACACCUACCUGGAGGUGACAGCAUUCCCUCCCCCAUAUGCCCCCCUAGGCACAACUACGACAACAUAACCAACAAAAAUGGGUCACAACUCCUGCAGCUCGGUCGCACGCUGGGUAUGUACAUAGUCAAUGGUAGGCUUCAAGGGGACUCAUCUCUUGGCAGUAGUACUGUAGACUACUGUAUCACUGACCUCAACCCAGAGUCUCUCAGAGUGUUCAGUCAGCCCACUGACACCCCUAUCAAAUCAUAUGGGGGAGGGAAUGCUGUCACCUCCAGGUAGGUGUUUAUCACCACAGACUAGUACAUGUCCCUGGGCUUGGAAAAUAUUGAUUUCCCCCUCCAGGAUGGAGAAGCUGUCUUCAUUAAAGUAUAGGGACUUUAGUGGGGGGAUAUAGGUAGCACACAGGAGGACAUUUGUCUCUAAAAUAAUUUCCUUUUGAAUUUCUAGCCAAAUGUAAAAUGUUCCUGUUUUGAUUAAUUUAAUAGAGUGAGUUAGGUCUGCUCUAUACCAAAUUAGCAUACCCCCUGAGUCCCUUCCCUGUUUCACACCUGUAACCUAGGGGGUGACCAGUGGGUCCGGUCCAUCUCUAUACCAUGUUUCUUGUAGGAUGACAAUGUCUGUAUUUCUUUGGUGAAGUCUGGGUUCCUGCUCUUUAGGCCAAAGGCAGAUGACCUCAGGCCUAGGAUAUUCCAGGAUGAGAAAGUGAAGGCUUUGUGUUCCAUAAAGUGUCAAAUGUUGCUAGUCGUGUUUUGGCCUCAGACCAGUAAGUGUGAGCAGAGCCUGCUGAGCAUCUGGUACAUGCCAUUGGCUUGGGCUAGUGUAAGAGUGGGGGUUGGGCCUGGGCGAAUGUGUGACUUUCAUGUUGAGGCCCUCUUUGCGGGAGUGGAGGGCAUGGGGUGGGCAAGAGGGUCAUAGGUCUGAUCUGAGGGGGCCUAUAUGGGGUGUGGGCAUGGUUAUUAUGUCUUUCUCUCUCUCUCUCUCUUUCUCUCUUUCUCUCUCGUUCUCUUUCUUUCUCGUUUUCUCUCUUUCUCUCGUUCUCUCUCUCGUUCUCUCCUCUUUCUCUCUAGUUUGUUUUCCCUCUUUUCUUCUCUUCCUUUGAUCAUAAUGGAAACCGUCUGAGGUUUGUGGUUUCUUGGUUUAGUGUCUAACUACGGACCGGGCCCUUUUGUCUCUGAGCUGAAAUGUUUUCAGAUGUGUCUCCACAGAGCGGGAGAAACCCUUUCUUUAAACGAUGGGAUGUCUCGAUCUCUCUCUAUGUUUACAAUGAUGUCUUCGGCCAAUAAAAGCAAUGAGCUCAAGGACCAUUUCCAACAUGUCUUGAUAGUGGUGUCUGUCUCUGUGCCCACUGACCAGGACCUGAAAUGAUACCCACUGAGUUUCUGACACCACUUAAAUAUUAUUUUCCCUAGCUCUGUUGACCCAUGAUAAUAAUUUGGCGUUUUGGUUAGGGGGCUUUGCAUCCCACCUGGAAAAUAAUCUAGGUUAAACACUGGCUCAAAGUGUUCUCUUGUCAGCCUGAAUGCUUCUCCCUGGUACGCUCCAUGGGCACACCACCCCUCAGGAAGCACGGAGGAGAGCUGUGUGAUAAUCACCACCCCUCAGGAAGCACGGAGGAGAGCUGUGUGAUAAUCACCACCCCUCAGGAAGCACGGAGGAGAGCUGUGUGAUAAUCACCACCCCUAAGGAAGCACGGAGGAGAGCUGUGUGAGAAUCACCACCCCCAGGAAGCACGGAGGAGAGCUGUGUGAGAAUCACCACCCCCAGGAAGCACGGAGGAGAGCUGUGUGAGAAUCCAUUGUGGUUCUCUUUGAUCCUCCACCCUGGUUUGGGGCAUGGGGGGCAUCAACUGUCUACUGUCUGUCUCUGGUGCUGGUAGGGGGGGGCAUCAGCUGUCUACUGGCUGUCUCUGGUGCUGGUGGGGGGGGGGGGGGCAUCAGCUGUCUACUGGCUGUCUCUGGUGCUGGGGGGGACAUCAACUGUCUACUGGCUGUCUCUGGUGCUGGGGGGGACAUCAACUGUACUGGCUGUCUCUGGUGCUGGGGGGGGCAUCAACUGUCUACUGGCUGUCUCUGGUGCUGGGGGGGGGCAUCAACUGUCUACUGGCUGUCUCUGGUGCUGGGGGGCAUCAAUGUCACUGGCUGUCUCUGGUGCUGGGGGGGGUGCAUCAACUGUCUCUGUGUCGCGGGGGGGGGGCAUCAAUUCUACUGGUAGUCUGGUGGGGGGGCAUCAGCUGUCUCUGUGCUGGGGGGCAUAGGUCUCUGGUGCUGGUGUGGGGGGCAACGGUCAGCUGUGGUGCUGGUGGGGGGCAUCAGCUGUCUCUGGCUGUUGGGGGGGGCAGUCAACUGUCAUCUGGCUGCUCUGGUGCUGGUGGGGCAUCAACUGUCUACUGGCUGUCUCUGGUGCUGGGGGGGGCACAUGCUAUUAAAACUGUCUACUGGCUGUCUCUGGUGCUGGGGGGGCAUCAACUGUCAUGGCUGUUCUGGUGCUGGGGGGAUCAGCUGUGGCGGGGGGGCAUCAACUGUCUACUGGCUGUCUCUGGUGCUGGGGGGGCAUCAACUGUCUACUGGCUGUCUCUGGUGCUGGGGGGGGCUGGGGGGAACAUCAACUGUCUACUGGCUGUCUCUGGUGCUGGGGGGGACAUCAACUGUCUACUGGCUGUCUCUGGUGCUGGGGGGGCAUCAGCUGUCUCUGGUGCUGGGGGGGGCAUCAACUGUCUACUGGCUGUCUCUGGUGCUGGGGGGUUAUCAACUGUCUACUGGCUGUCUCUGGUGCUGGGGGGGGGGCAUCAACUGUCUACUGGCUGUCUCUGGUGCUGGGGGGGCAUCAACUGUCUACUGGCUGUCUCUGGUGCUGGGGGGGACAUCAACUGUCUACUGGCUGUCUCUGGUGCUGGGGGGGUGCAUCAGCUGUCUCUGGUGCUGGGGGGGGGGCAUCGAAUGUCUACUGGCUGUCUCUGGUGCUGGGGGGGGCAUCAACUGUCUACUGGCUGGUGCUGGUGGGGGGGGGCAUCAGCUGUCUCUGGUGCUGGUGGGGGGGGGGGGGGGGGGGGGGCAUCAGCUGUCUCUGGUGCUGGUGGGGGGGGCAUCAGCUGUCUCUGGUGCUGGUGGGGGGGAACAACUGUCUACUGGCUGUCUCUGGUGCUGGGGGGGGAACAACUGUCUACUGGCUGUCUCUGGUGCUGGGGGGGCAUCAACUGUCUACUGGCUGUCUCUGGUGCUGGGGGGGCAUCAACUGUCUACUGGCUGUCUCUGGUGCUGGGGGAGGGCAUCAGCUGUCUCUGGUGCUGGGGGGGGCAUCAACUGUCUACUGGCUGUCUCUGGUGCUGGGGGGGGGCAUCAACUGUCUACUGGCUGUCUCUGGUGCUGGGGGGGGCAUCAACUGUCUACUGGCUGUCUCUGGUGCUGGGGGGGACAUCAACUGUCUACUGGCUGUCUCUGGUGCUGGGGGGGGGCAUCAACUGUCUACUGGCUGUCUCUGGUGCUGGGGGGGCAUCAACUGUCUACUGGCUGUCUCUGGUGCUGGGGGGGGCAUCAACUGUCUACUGGCUGUCUCUGGUGCUGGGGGGGGGGGGGGGGGGCAUCAACUGUCUACUGGCUGUCUCUGGUGCUGGGGGGGCAUCAGCUGUCUCUGGUGCUGGGGGGGCAUCAACUGUCUACUGGCUGUCUCUGGUGCUGGGGGGGCAUCAACUGUCUACUGGCUGUCUCUGGUGCUGGGGGGGAUAUCAACUGUCUACUGGCUGUCUCUGGUGCUGGGGGGCGGGGGCAUCAGCUGUCUCUGGUGCUGGGGGGGGAAUCAACUGUCUACUGGCUGUCUCUGGUGCUGUGAGGGGGGCAUCAACUGUCUACUGGCUGUCUCUGGUACUGGGGGGGCUGGGGGAGGCAGCGCAUCAGCUGUCUCUGGGGCUGGGGGAGGCAGGGCAUCAGCUGUCUACUGGCUGUCUCUGGGGCUGAGGGGGGUGGGGACUGUUAGCCGGAGAUGGAGCCCAGCCUUUAUCCUGGCAGGAUAUCCCUGCUUUGUGUGGCUCCCUCCUGUCCUGUUGGAGGUUGCUGGUGACCAGGUGUGGCCCGCCUGACUGCCUUCCCCACCGGCCUUGAAGUCCAGGGCCUUAGCCCAACACCUGCCAUGUUUCAUCCAUGGCCUCCAUGGUAUGGUGUGGCUGAUACAGCCUCACUUCCUUUGAUCUGGGGCUUUUAGCUCCGAGAAAUGGCUGCUGUCUGCCACAGCUGAGAAAAUGGCAGUAGCUAUGACCUAGACAGAUUGCUAGGCGAACGUUUAGAUGAACCCACGGCCAACCCAAGCUAGUCAAACUAAACUUGACUGUUCUAUAGACAGACAUGUUCCCUGACCUCUCUCUCUCCCUCUCUGUGUGUGUGUGUGUGUGUGUGUGUGUGUGUGUUUCCACAGUUCUCUACUAAGACGGCAGAGGCAGACACAUCCAGUGAGCUGGCCAAGAGGAGCAAGGAGACGUUCCGGAAAGAGGUGAGUCAACGUCUAUAUCUCAAUUAGUCUUCCUGUGAUGCCUCCUCCUCAACUACACUACAUGGUCAAAAUAUGUGGACACCUGCUUGUCGAACAUCUCAUUCCAAAAUCACGGGCAUUAAUAUUGAGUUGGUCCCCCCUUUGCUGCUAUAACAGCCUCCAAUCUUCUGGGAAGGCUUUCCACUAGAUGUUGGAACAUUACUGCAGGGACUUGCUUCCAUUCAGCCACGAGCAUUAGUGAGGUCGGGCACUGAUGUUGGGCGAUUAGGCCUGGCUUGCAGUCGGCGUUCCAAUUCAUCCCAAAGGUGUUCGAUGGGGUUGAGGUCAGGGCUCUGUGCACGCAAGUCAAGUUCUUCCACACCGAUCUCGACAAACCAUUUCUGUAUGGACCUCGCUUUGUGCACGGGGGCAUUGUCAUGCUGAAACAGGAAAGGGCCAUCUCCAAACUGUUGCCACAAAGUAGGAAGCACAGAAUCGUCUCGAAAGUCAUUGUAUGCUGUAGCAUUAAGAUUUCCCUUCACUGGAACUAAAGGGGUCUAGCCCGAACCAUGAAAAACAGCCCCAGACCAUUAUUCCUCCUCCACCAAAGGACUCUCAGACCUUGAGAAACAAGAUUCUCUGGUCUGAUGAAACCAAGAUUGAACUCUUUGGCCUGAAUGCCAAGCGUCACAUCUGGAGGAAACUUUGCACCAUCUCUACAGUGAAGCAUGGUGGUGGCAGCAUCAUGCUUUGGGGAUGUUUUUCAGCGGCAGGGACUGGGAGACUAGUCAGGAUUGAGGGAAUGAUGAACGGAGCAAAGUACAGAGAGAUCCUUGAUGAAAAACCUGCUCCAGAGCGCUCAGGACCUCAGACUGAGGCGAAGGUUCACCUUCUAACAGGGCAACGACCCUAAGCACCCAGCCAGAGCCCAGACUUGAACCCGAUCGAACAUCUCUGGAGAGACCUGAAAAUAGAUGUGCAGCAACGCUCCCCAUCCAACCUGACAGAGCAUGAGAGGAUCUGCAAUGAAAAAUGGGAGGCUGUAACGUAACAAAAUGUGGAAAACGUCAAGGGUUCUGAAUACUUUCCGAAUGCACUGUAUAUAUUUUUUAAAUGGCCUUUCUUAAACUAAAUACUUGCGCUAGGCUUUUCUUACUAACUCUGAAUUUGCUGAAAGCUGCUUUAUUGAGAAACAAUGUACUUACCAAGGUUCGACAUUAACGCUUGUCCACUUGCCCGGGGCAAGUAAAAAACAUAGUUGGACAAGCAGAUUAUACACUGAGUGUAAAAAACAUUAGGAACUCCUGCUCUUUCCAUCAACAGUUUCCCAUGUGUAUCAAGAAUGGUCCACCAUCCAACGGACAUCCAGCCAACUUGACACAACUGUGGGAAGCAUUGGAGUCAACAUGGGCCCGCAUCCCUGUGGAACAUUUUCGACACCUUGUAGAGUCCAUGCCCCGACGAAUUGAGGCUGUUCUGAGGGCAAAAGGGGGUGCAACUCAAUAUUAGGAAGGUGUUCCUAAUGUUUUGUACACUCAGUGUAGAUUUGUUGUCUGAAUGGACAAGUAAAAAAAUCACGCAAAAAUCACAAUAUCAAACAAUUAGGCUACUCCGAUCAGAAACGGAUCAAAGUGUCGUCUGGAUGCAAUGUUUUGCUCAAUGUCCUACCAAUCUUUGCAGAGCGUAUCAGAGUAUAAUUAUGGUAGGCCUGCGUUGACAGGCACGAGCGGUCUUUCAAUCAUGCAGUCGCGAGAUGUGUUUUUGAGAUCAAAGCCUCGCGCGUUUGCACAUUUCACAAGUGGCAAAAAAAAGUUAAUGUCAAGCCCAGCUUACUAUGACAGAUAUGUGGUUAUCCCACCUAGCUAUCUAUGAAUGCACUUGUAAGUCGCUCUGGAUAAGAGCGUCUGCUAAAUGACUGAAAAAUGUAAUAAAUGUUAUCUCUACAUGACGAUUUGACGUCCAAUUUUCUGUGUUAUGAUUAGAUGUCCCAGUUCAUUGUGACCUGCUUGAACCCGUUCCGGAAACCAGACUGCAAACUGGGACGCAUCAUCAACACUGAGGAUUUCAAACACCUAGCCAGAAAGGUAGGUGGUUGUGCGUGCGUACGUGCGUGGAAAGCCCAUCAUUUGGGUAUUCAUAAUUUAUUGGCGCAAACCAUCCAAAACAUUGACCUCUCCCAACAGUAUUGAAUUUAAGUCCUGGAUAGCAAAUUAAUUUCAAAGGACAGAGGUAUUUCCCUUCACCUCUCACACUAAAGCUCUUCCCCCAGACCAGAACUAAGCACAUGAGCCUUCAGCUCCCACUGUUUCUGGGUUCAUCCCAAAUGGCACCCUAUUCCUACAUAGUGUACUACUUUCUACCAAUAUGCUCUGGUCAAAAAGUAGUGCACUGUGUAGGGAAAAUGGUGCCAUUUUGGACACAGCCCUGUCAAUGUUUUAAACUUUUUUUAUUUCUUCAUUUUUUGGUCAAAUGGGACACAUUGUACAUUUUAGAAUAGUGGUCUGUUUUUAUUUUAUUUGUAUCUCUCUCUCUCUCUGCCAGCCAUUCUUCAAAAGGCAGAAGGCUAUUUUUUUCCCCUCAAGUAGUUUUGAGCGUUUCUGUGGGGACUUGUUUAAAUGGAGAGACAUGCCACUGCUCUUGAGCACAUGGUCACAAUAAACAAAAGAGAGGCCAAGUACACUGGCAUGUACAAAUUGUAAUUUUAUACCAUGCAGACCAACCCUUAAAACAAAACGUCUUAAACUAGAGCGCUAGCUAACGUUUUGUAUUUACUCCUUAUAUAAAGAGCUGGGGUGCAUCCCAAAUGGCACCGUAUGGGCCCUGGUCAAAGGUAGCGCACUAUAUAGGGAUUAGGGUGCCAUUUGGGAUACAUCACUGGCAUUUGACUGUCUACAUUUUAAGACGAGAACUAAGCUCAUGAAGUGGAUCAGUUAGAAUGAAAGCCUCAUCUCUUCACAGUGUGACCUCCCCUCCAUUCUCAUUUUGAUGGAGCUAGUUUCACUUUGUGUUGUUGCAGGGUUGUAAAAUUCCAAUAACUUUCCCGAAAUCCUGGUUGGAAGACUCACAAAAUCAGGACGGAAUUAGCAGAAGAUCCUGAAUCUUCAAACCAGGGUUUCUUGAAAACUUGGGAAUUAUGGGAAAGUUAGCCGUUACCGAUUUUGCUGUCCGGAAGUAGAAACAUCUGACUUCCUUUUUUCCCUGUUAUUUUCUCCCCUUUUCCAUCCCUCCAGCUAACUCACGGUGUGAUGAACAAGGAGCUGAAAUCCUGCAAGAACCCAGAGGACCUGGAGUGCAACGAGAACGUCAAGCACAAGACCAAGGAGUACAUCAAGAAAUACAUGCAGAAGUUUGGCAGCAUCUACCGGCCCAAAGAGGACACUGAGCUGGACUAA